GUGAACGCACCUCCCUCUUCCUCAGUGGCUUUCCCACUUCUGCAGCAGCAGCGAAACGCCUUUACAGCUGAGUGGGUUUAAUCAAACUCAGUUCUGAUCGUUGGACUCAACCAGGCGUCCUCGCAGUAACUUGUGUGAAAGUGAGGAGUAGAGAGUGGGACACUCACCAGCUCGGUUCUCUGUCCCCCUCCCCGCCCCUCUCACGGACUUAUCUCCCCGACAGGACGGGGGCCGGGUGUUUUUAAGGGAUACCGCUCAGUCUAAAACAAACACACCCUCCCCAGCAGCAUCCUGAGAAGUCUCAGUCACUUCCACCGAGAGGGAGCAACAGGUUGAGCCGCGCUGUGAAGGCAGGAGAGAGAAGCUCACCAUGCCGAGCAAAAGCCAGUAUCUGCGCCCCCGGCUCUGCACGCUGCACAAGGGGGACAACGGCUACGGCUUCCACCUCCACGGGGAGAAGGGGAAGACGGGCCAGUUCAUCCGCCUGGUGGAGCCCGACAGCCCGGCCGAGUCGUCGGGGCUCCGCGCCGGAGACCGGCUGGUGUUCGUGAACCGCGACGAGGUGGAGAGCGAGAGCCACCAGCAGGUCGUGUCCCGGAUACGAGCCACCGCGGGCCCGCUGGAGCUCAUAGUGGUGGACCCGGAGACGGAGCAGCUGCUGAAGAAGCACAACUUGAAGUGUCUGAAGGAGUACGUCUCCGAGGGGCUCCCCUUACCUCUAGAGGAGGAGGAGGAGGAGGAGGAAGGCGAGGAGGUGGCGGUGGAAGAGGAGAAGGAGGCAGAGGAGGAGAAGGAGAAGGAGGUAGUGGAGGAAAAGGAGAAGGAGGUAGUGGUGGAGGAGGAGGACGCGGAGGCAGACGGGACAGAAAACGGGGAUGUGAAGGUGGCAGAGGUGGAAAAUGAGGAGGAGGUGGAGGUGGCUGAGCAGGAACAGGAACAGGAGGAGACACCCAGGGAGCUCACUCCGGUCCCGGUGGUACCGAACAGGAACGGAGAAGUGCAUCAACGGGUGGAGAAGAAGCUGAGCAUCAGCUCCGAGAAGGARGAGCGCGCCGAGCUGCGGCCACGUCUCUGCGUGAUCCAACGGGGGUCUAACGGAUAUGGCUUCAACCUGCACAGCGAGCGGGCGCGGCCGGGCCAGUACAUCAGAGCGGUGGAUGACGACUCUCCAGCUGAGGGGGCCGGCCUGCAGCCGAAGGACAGGAUAGUAGAGGUGAACAGCGUCUCCGUGGAGGGGAAGACGCAUUCAGAGGUGGUCGGCGCCAUCAAAGCGGGCGGAGACGUGACCCGGCUGCUCGUGGUGGACCCCGACACCGACGCCUUCUUCAAGAGAUGCAGGGUGACCCCCACCUCCGAGCACUUAACUGGUGAGAAGACUGCUUCACCACCACCACCAUUACUCCCAUCAGCAGCAAUUGUGAGGCAGUGAUUGAUUGAAUGACUGCAAUUAUCUCGUAAUGUUUCUCUCCAGGUUCAUYGUCAGUCACCGGCUGUAUUUAUAGCCACUUCACUGCCUCCCCUGUUGUUCCUUGGCUCUCUUCUGCUAUAUAUUUUUUUAUUUUCUUUACAAGCCUCGCUCUCUCUCCCUAUAUCUCUCUCUCUCUCUUUCUCUUUCUCUUUCUCUUUGUUGAGGAUCACAGACACUAAACCACUUCCUGCCCCCACCACCUAAUGUUGUUGCCCUGCAGGGAAAGUUAAUCUUUUCAGCAUAAAUACAUCAGAACAGACGGAUCAGAGAGGAGCCGGCUUGUUUACUUUUGAGGGCAAAGAGAUUUUCUGAAAUUGAGCCUAACGGUGCAAAUAAACACCAAAAUACAUAUAUGUAUAAAACAAAAACUACAUUUGAAUAAUCUCACAGAAUUUUCUCAAAUGUGAUUAUUUUAAUCUGAGGAUGCAUCUCAGAGUGCAGGUGAAGGUCACAAACCACUUCAUUUUACUUUGCCCUUUUUAUCUCAAGAAGAGGUUUGUUGUGAGUUGUUGUUUUUUUCUAAUAAAGCCACUAGAGGGAGCUGUAGUAAAGUUCUUUUUUCUGACAAAAGCCUCUCCCAGAAAACACAAGAUUGCUCCUUAGACAGUCAACACUGUCUAAGACAGUCAACACUGUCUAAGACAGUCAACACUGUGGCCUUCAGUUUUUAAUAAGGACCUUGAGAACCAUUUUGCCAAAAGGUUACUUUCAUAAACAUGAGCGUCUCUGCACCCAGGCAGAGACGUUUAAAUAGGAAAAAAAAGGCAACAGUAGAGGAACUCUGUGUCUCAACUCAAGGCUUUUAUUUUGCAUCCAAAACAAGUUUUCAUUUUAGUCUCCUUAUAUCAAACGUAUAAGGUUACUUGGUCCAGUGAUUCCUCAGUCAAUGAUAAGUCAGGUAAAUUGAGUCGGCAGAGAAAUUGCAUAGUUUGAWCAGUUUGAGCCUCAGCUAAGCCUCUUGGGACUUUGAGGAUUAAUAUUUAGAACCAGACAGGUUCCUUUUAAUUUUUUCUGUGUUUGUGGGUCUACUUUUAUUGGCCAAAGUCAGACAAAUUGUACAAAUUAUGGGAUAUUUUACCACAGAAGCACAACAUUGUGCGGACUUAGUAUGGUACACAAGUUGUGUGGUUUCCUGCGGGUUUUAGAUGUAGGGCACCUGAAUGGAGCGAAUGGUUUGUUAUCAGGCCUCUGCAGAGCUAAAGUGACAUCCUGAGGAGAUAAUCAGUCUGUCUGAAUGAGGUGUGUUGAAGCAAGGACACAUUGUAAACCUCGGGGACUGGAGCUGUAACCUAAAACUGAAAAAAAAGUGUCAGAUUUUUUUGUAUGGUCUAUUUUCUUGUUCCUGACAUGUUUUUAUGGUUGUUUGCUGUUAAACUCGUGAACCUUCAGGCUGUCAAAGAUACAAUUUAGUGGUGCUGUGCAAUGACAAUAAAGUAUAAAGUUAUGUAGCAUUGCCCCUCCCUCMCCUWUUGCUGCAAACUGCUGAUCAGAUGGCUGAAAAAAGACUAAAUAGCCUGUUUGGGAAUAUUUCAGGCUCUGGAAGCUGKUGUGCCAAGCAGCCAGUAGCAGCAUUGCUAUCRGAGCAGAUAGCCCCACUAAUUACCCAUGUUGUCGAACUUAUUCUACUCAAAGUGCAGAACGGUAAAAAGAUGUUGGCUUAAAACUAAUUAAAAAAACAACAACUUC